ACAGGAACGACAAUGACAGUCGCAAUUUCUACGAUGAGGAUGACCUCGCGAGUAGCAGCUACAAUGGCAGUAAUGCGCCGCGGAUCGGUGCCACGACCAACACGUCUGGGUUGCGGCGCCCGAAUAACAUGAUGCAUCAAGAACGUCACAGUUUUCAGGACCAAGAACCUCUUUCUCAAGCUCACCAACGGAGCAAAUAUCGAAACUACAUUCUCGAUGGCGAAGACAUGGAGGAGCGUAAUUUAUCGUUUCAGCAAGAGCAGCACCAGAAUAUGCAGGCGCAACACGACGAACCUCAUCAGGUAGUGCACGACAAAAACUCCUCCCGAUCCGCGACCUCCCGCGAAACCACGAAGCGACAGCACGAACUGGCGCUGUGUACCAAGAUGCAGGAGGAAAUGGAAAUGCGGAUUCGCCUUGACGAGCAGGAGCGGACCACGACGAGAGUUGGGGGCAACAACUACAUGGAUAAUUCGUCUCGCAGUGCUGGUAACUAUCCACCACCUUCCGGAUCUACUUCGGGUGCAAUUCUUGAUCCCCGAGCAGACGCAGACAAUAAUUACGAGUACGAAGACAGCCUGGACCGCGAGAUGCGGGACCGCGACGAGCGCGUGCGCCGGAUGGAGAUGGAGCGUCGGCAGAAGGAGUUGCGCGCGCAGAUGCAGCGCGAUCUUCGAGAUCGCGAGAGCGGGCGGAUCGACUACACGGUGAGUGCGCGGGAGCGCGAACAACUGAUGAUGAUGCACC